AUGAAUCACGAUUUACUUCCAUGCCACGACGACGACCUCACUGCGUCCGUCGUGGAGCUUUACCGACGUCUCACUAACGAUAUUCGGUUUCACCAACGUGAUCGGUUUAGCUCAAUCCCGGUUGACUACGCCGUAGUACUAAUGGAAUCACUGCAAACUCUUGUCACAGCAAUCCUUCGGGACGAAAAUUAUCUCACGUUUGCCACUGCGACCAAUCUUGACGCCUUCUGGGGGCUCCCUGGUGUUGCCGAAGCCGUGGCGGCACUUAGACAAGACCUUAAUGAUGCUAUUAGGCUCAUUUCAAACGAGGAUAGGAUUCCUACUCUCGUACUCAGUCUCAAAGGGAUGGCACCAGUGCGCGAUAACCCAGUAGUGGAGAAAACGAUUCAACGCUCUCUCGACGAACUCACGGACGAGAUUAAGGUGCGCCGCGAUGCGAUAAUCCAGAGCUCAUCGCACCUGCGGAAGAUGUAUGAAUCUUUCGCUCUUACCAAGGAGACCAUCGGAGAGAAGUCUUUGGCUGACUACAAGAUCCUGCGCAGUCUGGUUACCCAUCUCUUUGGUAUUGAUCCACUGUCGGUCACGAAGGCAUCCUUCAACUUUCCCUCAAAAAUCCGGACACUCAAUUCACCUACUCUGGGUUCAGCAUUUAAUAUUCCAUUCACCGAGUAUAAUCCAUGUUUUAACGACAUUGAGGAGUCCAGCAAGGUUUGGACUCGCCGUCAAUUGGCCAUUGGCAACCAAACCAGCGAGCGGCCGCUCGAUAGGCUGGUCGAACAGUUCCUUUCAUCUCUCGAUAUAACCAUAAAGAGUAUAGCAAACCUCGAGGGAGGACUCGCGCCAUGGGACGAUGGUGAUAUUAUCGGUAUGCUGUCAAGAAGUUGCAAGAACCUGGACAAGAAGGUUAAGGAAAUAGAGUCAGCUUCAUCAGUUUCCACUACGAUUGCCAUUUGUGGCCAAAUGAAGGCGGGAAAAUCCACCUUCUUGAACGCAUUGAUAGGGCGGAAUCUUUUAACAUCCCGGAAAAUGGGAUGUACAACGUGGCCAGUCAUAGUUCGAAACAAUCCGAAGGCCCUCGAACCAACUCUGACUGUUGAAACGCCCGCUUUUGAUCCGUUUCUUCAAUACCUUCGGGGCUCCCUGGACGACAACGGCGCUCCCACUACAACGGAUGUUGUGGCGAACAAAGUCAAUCGCAGCCGAGUUUUCUGGAACAAAAUGGGGAGCCAUCUGAAGACUCAAUACGCAGUCUUUAGAAGCAAAAAUUUUGCCUUGAAGAGGAUCAGUAGCACACUUGAUGACAUUGUCGGAACAGUUGAGUACUUUUAUGUCAGGCUACUCCCCAAAAUAUCUGAUAUCAAUGACCUCUUGAGACUCUACUGGAACUUGGAAGUUGGACGCGAACGCCUUGUCACUAUUGGUCGCGCUUUUCCGGUCCUCGAAGUCAGAUUUGAUGUGGCAGACACUUUUCUUCACGAUGUUGAGUUUGUAGAUAUGCCGGGACUUGCAGAUGCUGGGAUCGACGAGUCGGAUCGCAUGGAUAUUUACCAGGAAGUCUUCAAAAUAUCUCAGGGAGUCAUCUACGUCGUUGAAGCAAACUACAAGGCAAUUGGACUCGAAACAAAAGAAGCCGAGGCAAGGGGACUCAUCCGUCUAGCCAACAAGAGGCCUCUCUUCGUUGUCGCAACCCACUCAGAAACUGUGCCACAAGACUUUCCGAAUAGUGAGGAAGGUCUGCAAUUCGCACAUACCAUGAUGCCCAACGUGCGCAUAUCACGGGUAAUGUCACGGUGUCAUUUCUGCACCCCUGUUUACAAGCUUGCAUCGCUUGCCUUGUCUCGUAUAAUCGAGCAAUGCAAAAGAAACGCAACCUCGAUCCCUGACUGGGAUCAGAUCCAGAAGAAUCCGACAAUUGAGGCGGGACUCAAUGCCUACUUCCUGAAUAGGGGAUCAAAGAUGUGGACCGGCAAUCUUUCGGAGAUUGCCCGGAACACCGAGGAGAGUAUGCGUCAAGAAUCAAAGAUGCCUGAAGUCAGUGGCUAUAUCAAAAAGUGCAUUCUCGAUGAAAUUGUGGAUGGAAAGCGUAUGGAUUCUCUGGGAUCUAUGUUCUCUGCUCUUCGAGAAUCAGUUGUCGGCCAGCAAAUACUACUUGACCAGGCGAGACUCUCUGAAAUUCAACUACAAGAUGCCAAGGCUGAGAGAGACGACUACCUUGCAAAAAGUCACAAAAUCUUUGCUUCAUGGGAUCAUAAUAGGCUAUCAUUCUCGGCAAAGAGUUACUCCGCGUUGAAGAGAAACUUGGAUUUCGCCUUCGAGAAGGCUGAAAAAGCUGUUGAGAAAGCUGUUAAAGAUGUUUCGGCGAAGUAUCCUGUCGUGGGCAAUAUAAUACUAUUCAUGGAUCGAACUCAGGCACUCUCCUUUCUGGUUGACGUUGCAAAUAACCUUCGGGCCAGGCUGAGCGUUAUUCUGUCCGAAGCUGUCCUCGAUGUGCGCGAGGUAGCUCACAAAGCCUGGGAAGAGCGCAUCAGUGGUCUUGCUUCCCAGUUUCAAACCAUGCUUCCGGAUGGUCACGGCGCUCUCCAAGCCGCUCUCAAGGCAGACCUCAUAUUCACGCUGGACGACCUUUCCUCAAGCAGGAUCGAUGAGGCACUUGGGCGUAUGGUGGCGGACCGCGCGAGUGCGGACCAACCGUGGUCCUGGGUCCGCGAUCUCAUCGCAAGCUUCUCACCAUGGAUCGCGCGCGCUUUUACAACACGUGAAGCCGAUAUCAAGCUUCAGGCCGAGCUUCUGCGACGAAGCAGAUCCCCGGCCGGAGAUGGCGAUACCAAGGCAGAGGAGGAGCGGAAAAAGGAUCAAACGGUACUCGAGGCCAUAAGUUCUCAUACGGUCCAGGAGAUCAUUGAUAUGGAGAAAAUUCGAGAGAAAGAAGAGCAGGAUCGGGGUCAGCUUGUUGUCCAACAAAUCAGCGGCUUAACCAUCAGCGACCCGUCUUUUGCUCAGAAACAUGCGCGUGGAGAAGCCAACUUCGGUGACAUUCUUGAAACCAACGGAACCCAGAAUCCCCCGAAGGAGUUGGCCGAGAUUUCCCUUCAAGAUCUUUUCACGGAGAGCGAGAAGUGGCUUGGGUGGCUGGUUGUAGCGCCAAAUGCAACAGGUUACGCAGAGACUCCAGCGACUGCUACCAUCUGGCCGUGCCUUGCUGCCGAUGUGGACCCACAACUCGAUAUUGCGACGACCAUCGCAACCUAUAAACAGUAUACGCUUCGUACGUGGCAAAUACUCGUAACUCAGCAAGCCAAGGAUGGCCUCGAUCGAGCUAUCACUCUCAGCUCUGCUAUGGGACUCGCGAAGGUUCAAAAGGCAUUCUCGAAGCAGCAGCAACUCCUUGAUUCCCUCGUACAGCAACUCGCCGCACCGGUGAACCCUGAUAUGGAGGUGGAGCUUCUCGUAACACAAAUGAGGUCUAUUAGCACUCUAGCAGUCUUAGAAGAACUGCACGCGAAGUUCAAGGAGCUCUGGGAGUACAGGUAUGAUCUUCCGCAGCAGGAUUCUAGGUAG